CAACACAACAGAUACUCCCUGUUGAGAUACAUAAGCAUCACGAUAGUUGCCGCAUAUACCCGAGAUCAUCUUUUCUUUGGUAAUAGCUUCAGCAUUCGCAUCUAACCCCCCAGCAUCUGGAAUCUUGAUUUCCAUAUAGUGAAUGAUUUCCCCAGUGCCGAUAUGAGUACGAGAAAACUACAACAAGAGUUCGACAAGACGAACAAAAAGAUAGCCGAAGGGUUGUCGGUGUUUGACGACAUAUACGACAAGUUGAUGACAUCAGAAAUCAGUUCUCAAAAAGAGAAGUUGGAGUCAGACUUGAAGAAAGAAAUCAAGAAGUUGCAGAGACUGAGAGACCAAUUGAAACAAUGGCUUGGUGACUCAAGUAUUAAAUUAGACAAAGACUUGUUGCAAGAGAACAGAACCAAGAUCGAGCAUGCUAUGGACCAGUUUAAAGAUUUGGAGAAGUCGUCCAAAAUUAAGCAGUUUUCCAACGAAGGAUUAGAAUUGCAGAGUCAAAGGACGAAAUCAUCGAGAUUUGGCCCUGAAGAUGCCAAAAGGGCUGAUGCCUGUAAUUAUGUGAGCGACAUAAUCGAUUUGUUGAACCAGCAAAAUGAUGAAUUAGACCAGAACGUCAACCUGCUCUUAGUGCAAUUGAAGAAAGCCAAGUCUCUGAACCAGGCUCCUAUCCAGUCGUCUAUAGAAGACGAAAGAUACAAGAUAGAACGUAACAACACGCAUUUGACGAAACUCGAGAGCAUCUUACGAAACUUGGAGAACGACCGCUUGGACCCCCAGAAGGUUGACGACAUCAAGGAUGACAUAGAAUACUAUGUAGAAAACAACCAAGAGGAGGACUAUGUUGAGUACGACGACUUCUACGAUGCCUUGGAGAUAGACGACGAAGCUACUUUAGAAGUGCAGGGUUCUCUAGCUCAAAUGGCUGUAGAUACCCAGGAAUACGAGCCUAAAAUCGAUGCUCCUGAACGAAAAGACGAGCCUGUGACUCCAGCAAAACCUGAAUCCAAGCCUCUUCCCACUUCUGCUGCAUCAACUACUACUCCUCAUAAGCCGUCUCCCAGCUCUACGGCUGCUGGAGGGAACACUCCUACCAAAAAAGCUCACAUUGUGCCUGCUCCAGCACCUCCUCCAAUUGCCUACUCUAAUGUAAUCAAGGCAGCUCAGAUGAACGCUCUGGUGGCAGCUGUUUCCGGCUCUCCUGCCGCGUCAGCUGCUACUUUAUCAGGUGCCUCGCCAGUAGUUUCGGGCAAAGCACCUCCAGGCUUGAAUCAUCUCGACAAGUCACCUUCCGUAUCUCCUAAUGUGACCAAUCUGAAGAUAGCUGAGGAAGACACGCCUAAGUUGAUACAAGCACAAACAGCUCAGAACCAACUUCAACUCCAGCAGCACCAUCAGCAACAACCUCCCGCUAACUCACAACUGCCUGUCGGAACAGAAGAGUACAAGGGUUUGUAUGAUACUGUGUCACGUUUCACGACGUUGCCUCAGUCUAGAUUACAGAACCCAUUGCCCUUCCAGGCGAUAGCUGCGUUGUUAGAGUCGUCAUUGCUCAAUUGCCCCGAUUCUUUUGAUGCCGAAAAGCCAAGACAGUAUAUUCCUGUCAACGUGCAUCCCUCGUCCAUCGACUAUCCCCAGGAGCCAAUGUACGAGUUGAAUUCUAGCAACAUCAUGAGAAAAUUUGACAACGAUACGUUGUUCUUCUGUUUCUACUACAGCGAAGGAGUGGACAACUUGGCCAAGUGGAACUCGGCACAAGAAUUGUCUAGACGUGGGUGGAUCUUCAACACCGAGUUGAAGCAGUGGUUUUUGAAGGACACCAAGAACGGAGGCAAGAACCGUUCGAUGUCGGUUAUCCAGAAAGAAGAAGAGCAGGACAGUGUAGACGACUCAGAAAAGGAGGAGAACUACAAGUACUUUGACUACGAAAAGACGUGGUUGACCAGAAGAAGAGAAAACUACAAGUUCACCAACAACUUGAGAGAAACAUUUUAGGGUGGUUGUAGUUGUUACAUGUCUUGUUAGCAUAGCUCUGUUGUAUAUGUAUUUUAGUAUAAAUGUAAUUAUUCA